AUGGAAUGGUUCAGACAUGGCCCUCUCAGAAGCUUCAGUGCAAUUUCUGAUGUACGUCCCCAACUCGAUAUAAAUCUUUUCCUAAGUCUCACUUGGCUCUAUCCGAAGUCUCGAGUUCACAUAAACAUUUGUUUACCACGCCAAAUCGUGGGAACAAAAGGGAAAUAUUACUACAGGCUUCGGAAUUUCAUCCUGAUGAAGCUAAGGUUAUUCAUCUCUAUGCUACAAAAGAGCCUUUCUCCACUGAUGUCUAAAGAACCUAAACACGAUAGUUUUGACGAAGAAUUCGAUGCAGCAGUUAUGGUGCCGAAAGACGUGGAAGAAGGCCAUUUUGUGGUAUUUGCAGCGGAUGGUGAUGAGAGAAAGAGGUUUGUCAUUAAUUUGAAGUUCUUGUCUAACCCUGCAUUCUUGAGGCUAUUGGAGCUGGCAAAGGAAGAAUAUGGGUUCCAACAAAAGGGAGCUCUAACAGUCCCUUGUCCGCCUGAAGAACUACAGAAGAUUGUAGAAGAAAGAAGAAAACAGAAAACUGGGGAAUGGAUUGCAUCUAGUGUUCAUAUCAUAACUGGCUACUAG